AAGAACACAUAUAAUCAUUUUAUAUGAGCCAAAUCAAUCAUAUCAUUACUAUAUACAGUCAAUAGAUAUUUGACUAAAAUUUUCAAUUUACACUGAUAAAUGUUAACUUAUAACUACAGUAAUUAAUUAUGAUGAAAUAUAUUUUCUGUUUUGUAGAUUGCGUUCCUCAGAAGUAUGGCAUUUAAAUGUGAACAGGAUUGUUCUACAAAUUGCCUUGGUAGUCUGUGUGAAAAAGUCAAUGGAAAAUGUCACGAAUGUAUUCCUGGAAAGCACGGUACUCCCUGUGAUCAAAGCUGUCCAGGAAAAUGUAAGGACAUGAUUUGUGAACGGGACACAGGAUCCUGUAAAGGGUGUAUAGCUGGAAGGUACGAUGUAACAUGUUUACUUACUUGCCCAGUGACGUGUAAAGACUUUUUGUGUAAUCAACAAAGCGGACAUUGCUUAGAUUGUUACUCCGGAAAGCACGGAGUAGUGUGUGGUGCUGAUUGUCCGGACACAUGUACUGACAACAUAUGUAAUAAGGACGAUGGACAGUGUAUAGCCACUGAUCUAACCACUGCCGAUUCUAAAAUGACUAUUAUAGCUGUCCUGGCUGUUGUGUGUGGACUGCUUUUUACUGCAUUGAUCGCCUUAGCAGUGGUGGUAUUUUUUCUUCGAAAGAGACAAAGCAGAAAGAACCUACCAGAUAAGGACACAGAACAAGCGGUCCCGGACACGGGAUAUACGUCUAUUUCUCCUCGUCAAGAAGAAACUCCCCAUGUCUAUGAAAUGAUGGUCAUCUAAUACGCAAUACAAGUUGAUAAAAUCAUCAAAGAUCUUUGAUUCAGACAGCUGUGAUCCCUUAAUUAAGCAUCAAAGGAACUAAUGUUCAAAAAACUAAAUGCAUGGACAUUCAGAAAAUAAGUGUUAAUACCUUCAGCAUACGAGUAUUUGGAUUUUGUAAAUAUAAAUAGAUAUUUCUAAAAUGACGAUUCAAGUGAAUGUCGAGAUAAAUUUCUGUAUGCUGGUGUUGCUGUAAUCAUUUUUAUUUAACUUACCUCUACAUAUCUAUAUAGAAAUGUGGAUAAGGAUAAUACUUUUGCUAGGGGAAAUAGCAGCUUAGGAUAUUUCUGAUUUUGUAGAAAAUGAAUUUGAUCACGGACAAGUCAAAUUUUUACUCCCCUCCUCCUUUUGUGAAAAGUGUAUUAUAUAAUCAUAAUCACAAGGGACUAUAUAUCUGUAUGUAUCUUGAUGUAUCUACAUAAGAGCUUCGCAUUACUAACUUGUACUAACACGUCCAUGACCAUGACAUCUUUUUCCGGCAUCACUAUUCGAUAUUCAAAACUUGGUUUCCGUCUGACAACAAACACCCGAAAGGGUUUUAAUAGUAAUAGCUUGUGAUUGAGUACGACGUCAUUUUCUGUUCAAAAGUUCUUGUGUGUGUUCGAUUUAUAUUGUUUUCGUAAUUCACCACAGAUUGGAUUCGGCGCAAUCUAAUUAAAAUCUAGAUGGUCAUUAUCACUACGUUACAGGAACAUCUA